AGAGCACCAAUUAACAAUUAGAAGAUGAAAGCUUAUGCAAUUGCACUCAUUGUCUGUGGAUCUGUGGCAGCAGCCCUAGUUUUAAUUUUGUGUUGUUUUUACAAAACUGGCCGAAAGAAAAAGAGCUCCUCAGUGACUCGAAAUGUGACCGGUGUUUCUCCGGUUAUUCCUCCGCCGCCAAAGCCUUUACCAGCGAAUCGCGAUGUUGAAAAGGGCGAAAUUAAACCCAAGGACAAUACAACAAUGAGAGAUGGUGGAAUGGUUAUUCUAGGUGCUGCUGCUGCAACAGUAGUCACGGCAACUGUUAUCGACAGUGCUUACAGUGGAGGAGGUGGUGGUGAUGGAGGGGGAACGAGUGCUGGCUGUGGCGGAGGAGAUGGUGGAGGAUGUGGAGGUGGGGGCUGUGGUGGUGGUGGCGGCUGUGGUGGAUGUGGAGGUUAA